CCUUGCAUUUCAUAAACAACAAGUAGCCUCAUUCCCUGAUCCUUCCCUCACAUAGUCACUCUUACCAGCAAAAGAAAGGAAAGGGAAGCAAAGGGGUGCGUAACGCAAAUGGCUUCCUCGUGCGCCUCUUCUGCCGUUGCCGCUGUCGCUGUCUCCUCAAGCUCCCAGAGGAGUGGCAAUUCGCUGACAUCAACCAAGGCUUCUUUCCUAGCCGGGAAACCUCUGCAAGCGAGAAAUCUGGUAGCUCCACUGACUGCAAGAGCCUUUUCUGUGAAGGCGGAAGCCGUGCCCGAUAGACCUUUGUGGUUCCCUGGGAGCACACCGCCGGCGUGGCUCGAUGGAAGUCUUCCAGGUGACUUUGGUUUUGACCCACUUGGCCUAGGAUCUGAUCCGGAGAGCUUGAGAUGGAACCAACAAGCAGAAAUUGUUCACUGCAGAUGGGCAAUGCUUGGUGCUGCUGGAAUAUUCAUCCCUGAAUUGCUGACCAAGUUGGGAGUUCUCAACACCCCUUCAUGGUACACAGCCGGCGAACAGGAGUACUUCACGGACAAAACCACCCUCUUUUUGGUGGAGCUCAUCUUUAUAGGGUGGGCAGAGGGUAGAAGAUGGGCCGAUAUCAUCAAGCCAGGUUGCGUGAACCAAGAUCCGAUCUUUCCCAACAACAAGCUCACAGGGACUGAUGUUGGUUACCCAGGCGGCCUCUGGUUCGAUCCUCUGGGUUGGGGCACAGGGUCCCCUGAGAAACUCAAGGACUUGAGGACAAGGGAGAUCAAGAAUGGAAGGUUGGCCAUGUUGGCUGUCAUGGGCGCCUGGUUCCAAGCCAUAUACACUGGCACUGGCCCCAUCGACAAUCUCUUCGCUCACCUAGCAGAUCCCGGCCAUGCUACGAUCUUCGCUGCCUUUACCCCCAAGUGAGGAAGCAGCCAGACGCCGGUGUCCUUGCGCUCCAAAGAUUCUGCUACAACGUGGCUAUGGAUGUCAGAAAUUCAAUUGCAGGGGAUUGUGUAUUAUUUUGCCAUGCUUCUACUUUAAAAUUGUAAACAAAUUAAUCCAUUGGAGAAAAACCUUUCCUCAUCUUCCGAGAAAGCAUCUGUAACUUUGAGGCCAUGUGUAUCACUGUUCUUUCCAAUAUGCAUCCCGCUAUUCUUAUUCA